AUGGCUACCGCCACAUCCAAGCACUCUCGCGAUCUUCCUCAGCAGGACUUCGAGGGCCUUUUGAGUAAUUUACAGGAUUGGGAAUUGUCGUUGAAGGACAAAGAUACGAAACGGAGACUAGAUAGUUUGGGCAAGGGCAAACUGGAUCAUCCAGGUCAGCCUAGUAGAAGUAACGCUGCAGUUAAUAGUAAACAGACUGUUCCCAAUACUCCCUCUUCUGACAAAGCAAGUACAGUCAUGAAGUAUGAUUAUUUGAAAGAAUAUGAGGCACUCAAUCGAUUAUCUAGUGGAUUGUCAUCUCCAGAGAGCAUUAUUGAUGCUAAUUCCGAGAAAGAGUUGGGUAACGAAUUUUUUAAGCAGAAGAAAUUCAAUGAAGCAAUAGACUGUUAUUCACGUAGCAUAGCACUAUCACCAACUGCAGUAGCUUACGCCAACAGGGCAAUGGCAUACAUAAAACUUAAAAGAUUCCAGGAGGCCGAAAAUGAUUGUACAGAAGCCUUGAAUUUAGAUGAUCGGUACAUAAAAGCUUAUUCUCGUCGAUCUACUGCAAGGAAAGAACUUGGGAAACUCAAAGAAGCAGUUGAUGAUGCUGAAUUUGCUUUGAGGUUGGAGCCACAAAACCAAGAGAUUAAGAAGCAGUGUGCCGAGUGCAAAUCUUUGUUUAAGGAGGAUCUUCUGAAAAAGGCAUCUGGGGCAUUAAAAAAAACUGUGGAGGGAGCACGGCCAGGAAAAUCAGAGGUGGUUAAGAAUAGGCAUGUACAGCUCCAAACUGUUUCAAAAACUUCUCCUGAUGGAAGAGUGGCUGAGAUCCUGGAUCAUCCUAAGGGGAGUAAUAUUAGAGAAGUAGUUGCUGAUACAUCUGUGAAAGUUGAAACAAACAACAUUGGGAGUAAUGGAUCAUCUGACGCUGGUAGUAGCUUGCAGACUGCUAAGGUUUGGAUACCAAAGUAUAACAAGCAGGAAGUGAAGGCUUCCGUGCAAGAGCUUGCUGUUAAAGCAGCAAUCCUUGCAAAGUCCGAAGCUGCAAAAAACAUUGUUCCACCAAAUUCAGCUUAUCAAUUUGAGAUGACUUGGCGAGGGUUGUCUGGUGACUGUGAUUUACAGGCUCGCUUACUGAAGGUAACUUCGCCUGCUGCAUUGCCUGGGAUAUUUAAAAAUGCAUUAUCAGCUACAUUACUUGUUGACAUCAUAAAGUGUGUCUCCACCUUUUUCAUGGAAGACAUGGCUUUAGGUGUUGACUACUUACAGAAUUUGAUAAAAAUCCCAAGGUUUGACAUGAUCAUCAUGUGCCUUGGAUCUUCUGAUAAGGCUGAUAUUACCAAGAUUUGGGAUGAGGUUUUCAGCAAGGGGAAUGCUGAUUAUGGUGCAACACUCAGUAAUCUGAGGCCGAGAUAUGGCUUGAAACAGUAG